AUGAUCACCGUCAAAAAACGGAUUCAUUUCAGAGAGCGUAAGACGGAUCGGAACAGCCGACAAAGACACGUACCCAUAUUUGGCUUGCUGGACACAUUGGACGAGAAAAACGACCGUGCACGGCUAAAACACACCCCGCACGGUUCACGCAGGGAGUGUUUUGUCGGCGUUUGUUUAGUUUUAUAUUUUGAUAUAUGUGUUUUCGUAUCAUUAUUUUUCUUUCUUUUAUCGCUUUCUUUCUUUGAUACAUUCAUUCUUUGCUUCCUAUUAACUCUGUCACUUCUUAAAUUUUUUUCUUUCUUUUCUCGCAUCUUCUUUUUUUUUUAUUUUCUCCUUCUUUUUCUAUUUUUCUUUCUUUGGGUUUCCGAAAUCUGUCUUUCUUUCUUUCUUUCUUUCUUUCUUUCUUCGUAUCUUCUUUCCUAUUUUUUCUUCUUUUUCUUUCUUUCUUUCUUUCUUUCUUUCUUUCUUUCUUUCUUUGUAUUCAAUAUUUCUCUCUCUGUUUCAAGCUUUCUCUCUGUCUCUCUCUCUCUCUCUCUCUCAUUUGUUUUCUUUGAUUUUUUUCCGCUCUGCUUUUACUUUUUCCUUCUUUCCUUUUUACUUUCUUUUAAAUUCUCCUUCCUCUUUAUUUCUGUUUCGUUCCUAUAUAUUUACAUUCUCUUUGUAUCUCUCUUUCUUUCUUCCAUUUUAAAUUCUCUUCUUUUUUUUACCUUGUCUCUUUCAAGUCUUUUUAAUUUCUCAUUCCUAUAUCUUUUUUCUUUCCUUUUUAUAUCUCCCUUUCUUUCUUUCUUUCUUUCUUUCUUUCUUUCUUUCUUUCUUUCUUUCUUUCUUUCUUUCUUUCUCCUUAUUUACUUUUUGACCCUCUUUCCAUCUUUCUCACUUUUAUCCGUCAUUCCCAUAUUACCUUUAGAGAUAUUUCAAUCCCGUCUGUCUAGAGAAUUAUUUUUCGAACCUAAACUUCCAUUUCCUCUGUCCUUAAUUCAUCCGUCUGUCUAA